GUUCCAUUGCAUUUCGCGGAGAGUGAAAGCGUAAUAUUCAAUAGUUUUCCGAUAAACGUGUAUUUUCAUUUGACCGAUUUCAAGUGCUGAAAAUUCUUGUUUUGCGGUGAACUUUUCCACUUUCUAUAUUUCCAAUCGAAAGUCCCGAAUCGCGAGACACGUUUCCGAUAUUUAUUGUGAUCGGAAAGUUCCAAAAUUUAGCAAGCUUGUUAAUUUUUUUCCCCAUCUAUCCGUCAUCACAUCACGCACGCAAUCACGGAUUGACCGAACGACAGACAAGUAUCGAGAAAGAAGCAUAAGAACGGUUGUUUGCUUGGCUAUAGAGUGUCGCAUCACGGUGAAUAAUAUACGACGAAAGCGAGCAGCACCCGGUUGAGGUUAGGACGACCGUAUUCACUCGCUUUGCCUGCUGCGGCAGCUGAUGUGCAACUGCUGCUGUAAAAAUAGUGCGUAUAGUGCUGUCAAAACGACGUAGAAGAAAAAAAUCCCCGUUUUCGGAAGGCUCCGUUACCUACCGUUGCUUAGCUCCGGUGCUAGCACCGACAAUGGCAUCUCCGAUCGAUCAGACGGAGGUACUGCGGGGCCGUGACUUAACCCGAAUAUUUCAGCUAUGGGAAGAAAGGCACAGCAUUCCGGGGUACGAUCCGGAACCGAUAGUGACCAGAUUAGCGGAAAUUUUCGAGGAAGAAACCGAAGUGUACAUGCGUAAAGAUCCGGAUCCGUUUGACGAACGCCAUCCAUCGCGUACCGAUCCCAACAGUGAUUUGGGUCGUAUAUUGAAAACGCUUUUCCGCAAAGACCACUUCAUGACCCGGCUGGUGAAUGACUAUCUGCGAGACAAUUUUUUCACCCGACAAAACGUUCAGCAAUGCUCACAGCCACUAAAUAUAGCAGCUUGUCGGUUGAUUUUGGUUAUCAUGCCAGGUCUGGAAACGUCAGCGGUUUUUCAAGCUGAAUUUGAUCAUUUAAUUACAAGAUUAUACGGUUGGGCAGAAUCCAGCCCGGAACCGCUGCAGAGCUAUGCCACGGGUCUGCUGGGGGCGGCAAUGGAAGUUCAGGAGAUCGCUGUCAGUUUUCGGGAACAGAAUAUUCGACUUCUGCCGAUCAUGUUGCGAAGGUUGCAUCUACUCCAGUUGGCCCAUCGGAAUCGGGACCGGUUGGUUGAGGCUGGCGAAGGAACUAGUAGCACUGCAUUUCAAAGAAUGUUUCAGGGUGAAGCAGCCCCAAUUAGCGGUAAACCACCGUUCGACAAUCAUCAGAAUCACUCGCUAACGGAGAAUAGCGGUGGUGCUGAUGAUGAUAAUCGACCGUUUGCUCAUCUGGGUCCUUCUGAAGGAAUUGGGACUACACCGGCCAAUGGACCAACUCCGGUAUCGAAUUUAAAUACACUUUUCCAGAACGAAAACAGUCAAAAUACGCAGGAUAACGGACAGAGUAAGCCGGCUACCCACCGGAAUCUGAUUCCGAUCUACCCGGCAACAAUUGCCACCAGUCAGAUGCUGAUCCUACGAUAUCUAACGCCAAUGGGAGAGUACCAGGAAUUUCUACCGCACGUUUUCGAGCACAAUGCCAUGAGUUUGAUUUUCCGUUAUAUCGAGAAUUUGGAUGCCAAGGAUACUUGUCUCGCGUUUGAAGCGCUCAAAUAUUUAGCUUCGCUGUUAUGUCAUAAAAAGUUUUCGCUAGAAUUCAUCGCCAACGGUGGCCUUGAACGGUUGCUUAAAGUGCCCCGCCCGAGUCUGGCAGCCACCGGAGUUUCUAUCGCGUUCUACUAUCUGGCCUAUUGCGAAGAUGCAAUGGAGCGGAUUUGUUUGAUGCCACAGAAAAUAAUUACCGAACUGGUGUCGUAUGCCCUGUGGCUUCUGGGAUGCUCUCACGAUUCGGGGCGUUGCCAUGCAACGAUGUUUUUCGGGCUUAGCUGCCAGUUCAAGACCAUGAUGGAUGAGUUUGAUAAGCAGGACGGCCUGAGGAAACUGUACAACGUCAUAUCCGUACUGCCCAUCCUUUUAUCGACCGACGAAUACAAUCUGAAUGACGAUGAGGAAUGUGCCGCCCGGCAAGUCGUUCGGCACGUGUGUGUCGCUCUGAAGAAGUUUUUCGAAAAUCAUCUGUACUACAAGUACAGUCAGGUGACGCGUCAGCAGUGCCCAACUGGAACUUUGGCGCAGCCAGUUUUUAAAUCGGUCAAAAAUUCUCCCGAAGUCAUCAGUGACCAAAUCAAGACACUGCAAGAACUGUUGCCGAUGAAAGCUCUCUGGACACCGGUGGAUGAGUUUUUGACACUGGGCGGAGUAAAUCUGUUGCUUCGAAUCAUCGCCCUGGCGUACGAGUGGAACUACAGCGGGCGUUCUUGCAGCGCUGAAACGGUGCGAGCCGCUCUGGAUGUGCUGAACGUGUGCUGUGUGAUUCCACGGGUUCAUACGGUGUUCUGCGAGCGAAUCGAAUUUCCGGACGAAGGAUCGGCCGCUGGAAUUAACAUCGUUUUGGGAGCAGCGGAAGGUGAAAUUGUGGCAGAUGCCGAAGUGCAGAAAUCAGCACUGGCCGUGCUGGUCAAUACGGUUUGUGCACCAAUCCAUCGCCCUAGUGGAUCACUGGCACGUUUUGGGUCAGCAAAAAAACGAAUGCCGAAUAAAAAUUCGGAAGAAUUGCUGCAGAAAGUGUGGGAGAGUGUUCGGUCAAACAAUGGCAUCAUUGUGCUGCUGUCACUGAUGUGUGUAAAAACGCCCAUCACUGAUGCAGAUUGCAUUCGGGGGAUGGCCUGCCGGGCCCUAGCUGGUCUGGCGAGAUCGGAAACGGUACAGCAGAUUAUCGGCAAGCUGCCGCUGUUUGUGAAUGGACAAUUACAAAGUCUAAUGCGGGACCCAAUUUUGCAGGAAAAGCGCGCCGAACAUGUCCAGUUCCAGAAGUAUGCUUUGGAACUGAUGGAACGAGUUUCGGGAAAAACAAAAACCUUUACCAAUCAGCUGGAUACAUCACUGGCCGACAUCCACAAAGCAAAUGUGGUUGCUCAAACAAAAAUACAGUUCAACGAACAGCAACUCUAUCAGCUAAUCUAUCAACAUCUGGUGGCGAGAGGUUUGAACGAAACGGCUUCCAGUUUGGUGAAAGAAGCCAACCUCACAAUUCCAACACCUCUGCAACAGCAGCUCCAGCAAGGUCCCAGCAUUGGGCGAAAUCUGCAUCAUUCACCGUUCGCUUUCCGGUCACCGAAUGCCACCCUCAUACAGCGAUCGAGAAUUCGCAGCAAAACCACAGAGGCCGUGUUCAAUCAUUCUUCGGCUCAAGCCAAUUUGCAAGCUGCCCUAGCUGCUGCUGCUGCUGCCGGUGCCGAGGGUAACGGUAUGAACAAUGCAAACGGCAACUGUGAUGUUCAUCCUUUGCGGAUGGACGUUCCGGGCAGUGCUGGCACUGCACCGACUCCCGAGCAAGUUCCGAGUGAGCCGUUCACUCCAAUCAAGCUUAUAAAAAAGACCAAUACGGGUAGCAUUAGUGCUGGCGGGCCCGUCGGCGGUAGCUCUUCCCACGGUAACUGCAGCAAUCUAAACACUCCCUUCUCCUCCUCGUCUAGCAGCAACAACAGCAAUCAGCAGCGUUCGUUGCAGAAGCAAAUAUCCGCCACCAUCGGUACAGCUUCGUUCCUUGUUCCGGCGUCGACGUCUUCCAAAAGCACUACCGUCGAUAUGCCCGGUAAUACGGUAACACUGGAUACCAUCAUAACCGAGUAUCUUACCAAUCAACAUGCCUUGUGUAAACAUCCGAUGUCAACCUGUCCACAGUUCGAUCUAUUCGUACCGCACAAGUGUCCGGAUCCGCGUCCAAACCGGGCCUCCGGAAUGAGUACGAACUUUGCAGCACGGUUUUUCAAACGACACGCCGGAUUUUCCUCCCGGCGGUACGAUCGCCGUUUGGUUCACUCAAACUUUUCUGCCUCGCGAGUGCUGCGACCGCAAGAUUCGGAAUUUUUCUUUACGUGCUGUGAUUUUACGCCAUGUGCCACAAAACUGAUCACCGGUUCGCACAGUGGAGAGGUGAAAAUCUUCAACCUGAGCGACAGCAACGAGGAGUUUAGCUACUCGUGUCACGAAUCGUACUUGAACUCGAUCAAAUGCAGCAAGGACGGUCGGCUACUGUUGACGUCCUGCGCGUGGCGAUCUCCGAUGUCGGUUCUGUGGAAUAUCGAGAGCAAUCGGUUUACACACAAGCUCCAGUGGGACGAGGAAGAGUAUCUGGAGUUUCCCAACGUGAAGCAGGAUAAGGUGCUGGCAACGACCGGCGAGGUUGCUACGAUCUACGACAUCAACACUGGACAGAAAAUUCUCUCGUUGGUCCCAAACAUCUACAACCAGUACUCGAAAAAUCGCGCUACGUUCUGCCCGUCGGAUGAGCUGGUGCUGUCGGAUGGUGUCCUAUGGGACGUAACUUCGGGCAAAGAGAUUCAUAAGUUUGACAAACUGAAUCAGACUAUUUCCGGGGUGUUCCAUCCGAACGGACUGGAGAUCGUGUCCAACACCGAGGUGUGGGAUUUGCGAACAUUUCACCUGCUGCGAACAGUUCCGGCACUGGACCAGUGCUACGUCAAGUUUUCCCCGCAGAAUGUGAUUUACGGUAUCUGUCCGGAGCUGGAGACGGAAACGAAUGCUGAUAAUGUGUUCUUCGAAUCGAGCUUUAAGGUACUGGACGGUUACGAUUACUCGAGCAUUUCGACGGUGGACGUGAAGCGGAACAUCUACGAUCUGGCAAUCAACAUGUACGGCAGCCAGAUUGCAAUCGUGGAGAAUCAGGGUGGGUUCAAUUCGGUCCAGGAAUCUGUGGUAAGGAUCUACAGCGUUGGGCGUAAAAAGAACACCGAGGACGAUGCGGAAGAAGAGGAAGAGGAGAUGGAAAACUCUGAGGACAAUUCGAUGUCGGAGACGGAGUCGGUCGUAUUUCACGGCGCUCGCGGAGAGAACGGUGGUCAGCGUCGUCGGCGGAGACGGGGAAUGCGUUUCAAUGUACUCGAUGAUGACGAUGAUAUUUUCCAACCAGGUUCUUCCUCGUCCAGCGAGGACGACGACGAUGAAGAUGAUGACAACGACAACGACGAGGAUGGCGGUGAUGGUGGCGAUGGCGACGGGGACGAUGAUAACGACGGCGAGGACGACGACGGUGCCAAUAACAAUGACGACGAAGCCGAUGAGGAGGAUGCUUCCUCGUGGACCACUACCUCCGAUCUGGAGGACUUUUUGAUGUUAUAGAAGGGCGAUGUGGGACGGAGAACAUAGGAGGAAAUGUCUGCCAAAAAGUGAGUCAGUCGCUUAUUAUCAAUCGUACUACGUUUGUCUGUAAAUAAGUCACGUAACAAGAGAGAGAGUGAGAGAAAGAGAGAAAAAGCUUCGCCUAAGCUAAUACAAUUGCACAGAUUUGGCUUAUAGUUACUAAAGAGACCAUCAUACGGCUACCGCGUUAAGCUGAUAGAAAUUGUUACAAAAUCAUAUUUGUUAGAGCAUAAAAUGGUAAUAUAAUUUUAACCUGCUGUCUGGUUUCGCAACAAUUGCUUCUUGGCUAAUAAAAUUCUUUAGUGUUCUUGCUGUGUUUAUUUUCUGUAUUUAAUUUUCUCUUGCAAACGUUUUCAUCUCGAGCUGAAAUCUGGUAGCUGCUGAGGCGGAGUCCAAACAAGUAUCGUGUGUUAAAAGGAAAUUUUUUGUACAUUUACAAUAGUUUUUAACAGGAAAAAUAAACCAAUUGAUAUUUGAA